GAAGGGGAAGCAGCUGUCGGAUCUAGGAGACGAAAGCAGCCAUCUCGGCCCCAGAGUUAGAGAGGGUCCCGCGCUCUAUGGGUUGCGCCCUGAGCUCCGAGUGCGGCGGAGAGGAGCUCUGCCCCUUGCCAGCCGGCAGCGAGGGGGGUCAGACGGCUAACCCCAAAAUGAGGCUCACCAAGCCUGGGAAGGGGGACCCCCACACCUUCAAAGAGAAGUUCUUCAAGAAGAAACGCCUGUGUGGGGUGUGCAAGCAGCCGAUCGAGAGCCAGGGGUCGUUCUGCAGAGUGUGCAAAACAGCGACCCACAGGAAAUGUGAAGCCAAGGUGUCCACUCCCUGUCAGCCUGCUCCUCCUUCUGACCUGCAGCGCAGAGGCACGGCCCCAGCGAGACACAUCCAGCACCUGGGGUCAACAAAAUCCCUGAACUACACCAAACAGAGGAGCACUCUUCCAAGGAGUUUCAGUGUGGACCGGGUGAUGGACAGGGUGAUGGAGCAGAGCUAUGACUUCGACCUCACCUACAUCACGGAGCGCAUCAUCUCGGUCUUCUUCCCACCCGUGCUGGAGGAGCAGCGUUACCGUGGCAACCUCAAAGAGGUGGCGUCCAUGCUCAAAUCCAAACACGAGGACAAGUACCUGCUCUUCAAUCUGUCUGAGAGGAGGAACGACAUCGGUCGGCUCAACCCCAAGGUCUAUGAUUUUGGCUGGCCUGAUCUCCACGCUCCCCCCCUCGAUAAGAUCUGUGCGAUCUGCAAGUCCAUGGAGACCUGGCUGACCUCUGACCCCCAGCAUGUGGUCGUGCUGCACUGCAAGGGGAACAAAGGGAAAACAGGAGUGAUAAUCGCUGCCUACAUGCACUACAGCAAGAUUUCAGCAGGGGCAGACCAGGCUCUUAGCACCCUGGCCAUGAGAAAGUUCUGCGAAGAUAAAGUGACACCGUCGCUGCAGCCCUCCCAGAACCGGUACAUCUACUACUUCGGGGGUCUCCUGUCGGGGGCGAUCAAGAUGAACAGCAGCCCCCUGUUCCUGCACCAGGUCCUCAUCCCAGCCCUGCCCGGCUUCGAGACCAACGGAGGGGGAUACUUCCCAUUCCUGAAGAUCUACCAGUCCAUGCAGCUUGUCUACACCUCAGGAGUCUACAACAUGAACGGUUCAGCGGGUAGGAAGCUCUGUGUCACCAUCGAACCAGCUAUGCUGGUCAAAGGAGACGUCAUGGUGAAGUGCUAUCAUCGCCGGGCUCAGGCUCCGGAGAGGGACGUGGUUUUCAGGCUGCAGUUCCACACCUGCACCAUCCACGGGGCACAGCUGUGGUUUGGCAAGGGAGAGCUGGACCAGGCAUGCACAGACAGCCGGUUCCCCCCUGAUGCCACUGUGGAGUUUGUGUUCUCCUCGGGACCAGAGAAAAUCAAAGGGCGGGAGGUCCUGCGCAAUGACCCUGCUGUCACUGUGGAUUACAACACCUCAGACCCGAUUGUGCGCUGGGACUCCUACGAGAACCUCAGCCAGCACCACCAGGACAGCCUGGAAGAUAUCUCCCACACGCGGGGUCCUCUGGACGGCAGCCUGUACGCCCAGGUGAAGAAGAAGCGCGGAGCCGGCUCCCUCACCCCCAACGGCAGCCCUGCCAGCACCGAAAACAGCCAGCUGCUGUCCCUGAGCAGCGACUCGGGCCACUCCUCCACAGCCACCGAGAGAUUCGAGGAGCCCCCCUCCCGCCCUGCGCCCCCGUCCCGGGCUGAGAGAGAGGAGCUGGAUCGGCUGUUGGGGGGCAUCGGAGUGCGAGGAGGAGGAGGGGGCGGGGGGGAGGAGAGGGACAGGGAGACGCCGAUCCUGGAUGAUGGGGAGCCAGAGAGGAUAGGGCCCCUGCGCCUGUGCCGUUCCUGCUCUUGCCGCACUGGGUAUCGGUCUCAGAGCUGCCGGGAGAACGGCUGCUGCCUUCACAACGGGCUGACCCGAACGGGGAACGGGGGCCACCUGGAGGUGUACCAUCACCGUGCCACGCUGCACCGCCAGGACGCGCUGUGGGACAGGCAGCAGAGCCAGCAGCCGCCGCCCCAGCAGUCACCACCACAGCGCUACCUGCACAGGUCUUACUCCGAGGGGGGCCGACAUCUGUACCAGUACCCCUCUCCAGACUUGCCUCCACACAGGCUGCUGUGCAGGGAGGAGUACCCUCCCUACCACGCCCACCCUCACCCUCACCCCCACACCCACCCACCCUCCUCCUACAGGGACCUACUGAUCGUAGAAGGCCAGCCCCUCAGUCUGGCGCCCCCUACUUGCCCGUGCCGGGACUGCCGCGAGGAAGCCUCGUCGAUAGCUGCCUUCCACGCGUUGCGUAUAGACAGAGAGGCAGGGCUGGGGCGGGGCCAGGAGUUACACUGGGAGGGGCUUCACCACAGAGAGGCAGAGUCACAGUGGGACAGAGAGGCGGGGCCACACCAGGAGGCAGAGCUCCACCAAUGGGAGAGCCUUCAUCGCGAGAGAGAGGCUGAGCUUUGGCACAGGAGGGCCCGGGCCACACGCGGGCCCCAGGCGGCCCCUCUGAUCAUGCCGGCUGACCCCUACGGCCAUCGCCACUCCCCGCAGGGUCACGAGGUCACCGCGUUUACCUUUGACCCCCCGCCCCCUGUCCCGCACUGCCCAGAGCUGAAGUACAGUAGUGGAGGGUACCAGGCUCCCAGGCUUCCCUGUGCCUACUCUCCUUACCAGGCCGCGUCCUCAGCCCGCACGCUGUCUCCUGCUGAGAGUCGGGGAUAUGGGUCGGGGAACCUGUCCCAGUCAAGCUCCCCCCUUCCUCCGCCUGUCAGGACCCCCGAGAGCAGCGGCGCCCCCCCAAGGGAGUUCCAGCCCGUUCCGCAAGACAGCCAAGCAGCAGACGGUGGUCUGGUGGACAGCGUGGCCUGGCGUGACCCUGCAGCUCAGGGCACCCUGCGACGACUUCACCGCGAGGCUCGCGUCAUCUGCUCCACACCCUCUGACCUCUCUGGCCCGCCCACCCCCGUGCACUCCAGCAGCCCCUUGCAGAGCCCGGACAGCCCAGCACAAGAGGAGCAGCAUAUCACUGAGCAGGGUCCAGGGAGGGCUGUGAAACCUUCACCCCCUCGGAACGGAGAAUAUCGAGGCCCCCUCUCCGAGCCCCAGUGCCAGGAUCAUCCAACGCCACCCGUCUCCCAGCCAGCUUCUGCUAGCCCCCUUUCCUCCCCUGGGGGGUACCCCAGUUCUGUCCAGGCCUCUCCCACAACUCCCGGGGGUUCCCCGAACAAACCCCACCCAUCCCCUGCCCGCCACGUCAGCCCAAACUCUCAGACCACCUACAGCCUUCCCCCUGCACCUCCUGCACCGCCCAGCAACGGACAUCAAGAUUGGUCACUGGGUGAGACCCCCACUGGAGCUGGGAAUACCUAUGCCUCGCUUAGCCCUCAGUCCCACACACUGCAGGCCCCCACAGUCAGCCCCUACGCCACACCUCGCUCCAGCCCUCAAUCCCACACACCACAGGGCAGCUUCCCCACAUCGGUCUGUCCCCCUGCUGCCCCAGGCACAAACAGCGACUCUCCCCCAAACCAGCCUUCCUCAGUCUCUCUGCAUGUUAACGGCACCGCAGUGGGGGACGUGUCCCAUAGGGGUUACCCCUCCCUCAGCCUCUCUGACAGGACCGUAACGGAGGGAUUGUGUUCCAAUUCUAGCCCUGCACCCCAGUCCCAAGCUCCUCCCACAUCCCCUCCUCCUCCUCCCAGCUCUGCACCCCACUCUCCAGCCCCAAGAAGCCCAGAAAGGUCGCCCCAAGAUGAGCCUCCUAUCCCCGGGUUCGCAACGCUGGGUCGCCGCCUGAUGCUGGGAUCCGAACCCCAACACUUGCAGCCCUGCACAGUCAGCGUCCAGAGCUCCUCCCCCUUACCGUCCUGCCAGGGGAGCCCCUCUGAAAGUCACUCCUCGACCCCCUCCUUCCCCAUCUGCACUGCCUACUUCGCUGGGCACAACCCCCCGACUCCCAGCCAGUACACGGGGUACACUGCCGUCACCAUCCCCCCACCCAUUCCGGACCCCCAGCCCCCCUUGCCUGAGAAGAGGAGGCUCUCAACCCUGGGUGAGAGGUCACCCGGCCCGGGCUCGCCCAAUGGGAGGUCGUCAGCGAUGCGGAACUCCCCCGGCCCUGCCCACUACCAGCACCAUGUGACCUUCUCUCUGGAUCAGGGUGAGGUCAGGGAAGCGGAGCCGGACUCUCCUGUCAGUCCCGUCAGCCCCAUCAGCGCCAAGUUUGUGCAGGACAGCUCCAGGUUCUGGUACAAGUCCGCCAUCUCCCGGGAUCAAGCCAUCGCACUGCUGAGGGAGAAAGAGCCGGGAGCCUUUCUGAUCCGGGACAGCAACUCCUUCCACGGGGCAUACGGGCUGGCACUCAAAGUGGCAACGCCGCCUCCCAACGCCAGCGCACAGGGCAGCAAAGGUGACCCCCUGGAGCAGCUGGUGAGGCACUUCUUGAUUGAGACGGGCCCCAAGGGGGUGAAGAUCAAGGGCUGUCAGAACGAGCCUCACUUUGGGAGCCUGUCUGCUCUGGUGUACCAGCACUCUAUCACUCCCAUCUCCCUGCCCUGCAAGCUCAAGAUCCCAGAGAAGGAUCCCAUGGGGGAGAGCCAGGAGCUGAGCGCGCCCAAUAACAUGAGCACAGCCGCGGACCUACUGAAACUGGGGGCAGCUUGUAACGUGCUGCUCCUGAAUUCAGUGGAGACGGAGUCUCUGACGGGACCCCAGGCCAUCUCCAAGGCAACGGCCGCCACACACUCGUGCAACCCGCGGCCCACGCCAACCGUCGUGCAUUUCAAAGUGUCUAUGCAGGGAAUCACACUGACGGACAGCCAGCGCAGGCUGUUCUUCAGACGGCACUACCCCGUCAGCAGUGUGACCUUCUGCAAUGUGGAUCCGCAGGACAGGAGGUGGACAAACCCUGACGGAACGACGUCCAAGGUGUUCGGCUUCAUUGCUAAGAAACAAGGCAGUGCCUCGGAGAACGUCUGCCACCUGUUCGCAGAGCUCGACCCUGAGCAGCCAGCCUCCGCCAUCGUCAACUUCAUUAACAAAGUCAUGCUGGGGCCUCACCGCAGGUAGACAGGCCUGGGUGAGGCAGGGGCCAGAGAGCGAGAGGGGCAGAGCCUGGGGCUCAGAGAGACAGAGAGAGGGAGAGCCUGGGGCUCGGAGAGAGAGG